AUGACGGACCUAGGCGACAAGAGCAGCUCUUAUAACUUAUCGACCUCCCACGGUUUGACGGUAUUGGACAGAAAGGUUGGCUCUGAAGUGCUCGAGGUAUUUGACGGAUUCUCCAACGAGACCUAUCGAAAUGUCCAUGUGUUAAGCUUGAAACCCAUUAUGUUUUCUCGAGAAUCAACAGGUCCACUUGAAAUUUUUCGGCUAUCGUUCGAGGCAGCUGGGUAUAUAGCGGCAAGGCAUUUCAAUGAACGCAACUCUUCCAUUUUGCCAGAUCUGGGAGAAAGGCUUGUGGGGUGCGACAUCAAAUUGUCUUAUGAAAUGGCAAAUACCAUGUUCAACAGACUGGUGGCUCUCAAGGCACUACAAGAAGCAGCCACUCGACCAGAUACGCCAUUGGGGGCUGUCCUCCAGCCAGACCAAUGGAAGCCUCGCCCUACUGUGAUUAAUGGCCCUGCGUCGAGCACUGUAUCCCUGGCAGUUGCUAGCUUGGCGGGUGUCUAUGAAAUCCCACAGAUUUCGGGAACAGCAUCCUCCACAGUGCUGGAUGACAAAGCUAGGGCUCCAUUCUUCUCGAGGUCCUAUCCUACCAACCAAGCCGAUGCAGAGGCACUCAUGAUAUAUUUCAAGUCCAUAGGUGUCACACAUUUUGGUUCCAUUUACAGCCUUGAUGCAUAUGGCUCUUCUUUUGGAGAAGCAGUGAAUACUGCUGCUACCAAACAUGGAAUCGUCAAUUAUUUUACCGCGUACGAAAUUGGCAGGGGGAUGCAGCCGUUUAUUGAGAGUUUACAGUAUCUAAAGUCGACCCAAGUCAAAUACUUUUUUGGUAUUUUUGAUGUCGGAAUACCCGUUGAAGAUGGAUGUCGAGAGGCACACAGGCAAGGCAUCAUGGGUUUCCCUGGAUACACAUGGAUACUCACUGAAAGCGAAUCAAAGAUUACUUCGGCUGACUUCUCCCUUGACAACGAAACAGAAGCAGAUAUUGCCAAGGCGAUACAUGGUGUUGGGGUGUUGCUUCCUGGAAUCACGACGCAUCCAGUCCUCGAACAAAUCAUGACAGAGGACUUCAAGACUGAUCGACAGCUACAAGAAGGUUUUGUGAAUGCUCAUCAACCCAAUUUGCUCCACUUCUUCGAUGAUUUCAAUUUUUCCAUCACCACCUUGUUACCCUCAAUUUAUGCUGCCAUGGUUUAUGAUGCUGUCAUGACUGCAGGAUUAGCAGCUUGUGAUCAAACUGAGAGGUUCUUCUCGUCUGAGCAGUUGCUCAUGGGAAUUCGACAACAAGCAUUUGACGGUGCAACCGGAUAUGUCUCAUACAACAAUGUCACCGGGACAAGGGAUCUCACGGGACUUCGAUAUGCAAUAACCAAUGUGAUCAUUGCCCCUGACAACCAACAACUCACUCCAGGAAGAAUCCGUUUCAAUCCAACAACCCGAACAGCAAUCGAGUUUCCUUCGCGGAUAGUAAACUUGGGUCAUGGGCCAUUCAUUUACUCCGACAACACAACAUCAGUGCCCGAGGCACUACCACACGUGGAUAUGGAUAUGAACUUGAUCCCUUUGGGUGUUCAAGGUUUUGGUUGGGGACUCAUGGGAUUCAUCAUGGUUCUCUCUGCCAGCUGCAUUGCAUUUGCCCUCCACUACCGAAGCAAGAGAGCAGUUGCUUCAGCCCAACCAGCCUUCCUUGUGAUGAUUGCCAGUGGAUGCCUAGUCAUGGCAACUGCCAUUGUUCCAAUGUCCCUACAAGAGCCCAUCCCAGCAUCAGGACUGGAUAUUGCUUGCAUGUCCCAAUGGUACCUAGUAUGCCUUGGGUUCUGUGUCUCCUUUUCAGCCUUGUUUUGCAAGCUCUACCGCAUCAACAAACUACAGCUGCGAGCAAGCCAAUUCAGAAGAGUUCAAGUGAAUGUAAAAGAUGUGCUCUUUCCACUGGUCAUCAUGGUUGGACUCAAUCUUGUUGUUCUUGUCACCUGGAGUGUUGUUGAUCCAUUGGUGUGGGAGCGAGAAACUGAGCACUCCAGGGAUAGAUUUGACCGUCCUACUUCGAGCAUUGCCGUCUGUGCCAGCAACAGUCAAACCUUGGAGAAGCUGUUCGGGGCCUUGUUGUUUGCAAUCAGCUUUGUGGCUUUGGCAUUGGCCAACUGGGAAAGUUACAAGGGAAGAAAGUUGCCUACGGAGUUCAAUGAAACCGGCAGGAUUGCAAUGUCCAUGUUUUUCCUCAUUGAAGCCAUUAUCAUUGGCAGCCCAAUUUUACUGGCAGCUCAGGGCAAUCCCACCGCCACAUUUCUUGUCAAGGCCAUGUUGAUCUUUUGCACCUGCCUGGCUAUUAUCGGCCCCAUCUUCCUUCCUAUUUGGAGUUUACAAAUCAGGCGUGAAAAAGUGAAGUUAUCUGGCAGAGCUUCAAAAUCAAAUCCAACAACAGGAGAGACUUCAGAUGUGGUCACCACUGUCACAGCUCAAAGAUGUCCGACUUCGUGA